CUGAAACCAGGAUAUUGAAGACAAUGCAAAAGCGUUAGCAUUGUACAUCCUGACGCUACUCUGCCCUUUCAGUCAGAUUUUAUACAGCUCGAAACAAGGGGGAACAAGAAUGUAUUUAAGAGAUGACACUCCUUAGCCUCCCUGAAGAAAAGACUAUAUUCAAACCUAAUAUCCAGGAAGGGACUAUUUGGACUACACCUUAACAGUAAAACAGUGAACCAACAUAUUUUUUCCCAUGUGUAUUGAAGGAGUAAUGGAAGGCUGCAUUCCUGUCAAGUUAAAUUGAUCUCCGGAUAUUAUAUUCUCCAGUUGCACUUGCAGAGGUUCACCACUUCACAUCUGAGAGGAUUGUUUCACUAGAAAUCAUGUCUGAAAUUUCAGAAGACCGGGAGAAAAUAAAAAAAGGCUUGAAAAUGGCACUGGAAUGUGUGGCUUCUAUUUCUUCAGCUGCUGCUGUAGUUAAUCCUAUAUUUGGUUUAGCAGGAUCCAUAAUCAGAGUUGUUCUCCACAAUAUAGACGAUGAGGAUAUCAACACACUAAAGCGAGAAUUUAAAAGUGUUCACUCUGGGUUAGAUAAAAUUUCCCAGCAAAAUAAGAGAACAUUAAUGCAGAUCCAGAAAGAAACUCUGGAUGGCCAAUAUUCCCGAAUAGAGGAGAACAUCAAAAAUCAGUUUCGGAAAUUCAUGGAAAUUGUGGAGGCUAAACCUGAGCAGAAAGAGCAGAAAAAAAAUAAAUUUGAGGAAAGCUUUGCAAAUGAUGAUGGAGAUCAGAAUUUACAUACACUCUAUGAUGGAGUGAUGGGAAAGCCCAAACUGUUCAGCAAACCAAUUCUGGAAGUGUACAUGAAAUUCUCAAGUGGCGAUCGUCGGAUUAUGGAGCCUCUGUGCACACGAUUGACGUACUUGUUCUGCAUUGGUCUCAUUGCCCUGAUGGGUUAUACAGCUAUCAUUGAGGAUGAUGAGGAUGAGAUCCGAGAAGACUGGGGAAAGAAAAUGGAAGAUGUACAGCGGCAAAUGCAAACUGUGUUGAGCGCCUGCCAUUAAGCAAAAGUAUUGUUUGACCAAAAGAGACAUGAUGCAAAUAAACUGUCAUCAGAAAAAUGAAGAGAAAAAAUCUACUGCUUGUCAUUUCUAAAUGGAUGCUUUAGUGAGGAAUGCAGAAAAAACUUUGACCAGCAAAUAGUACAAAACUUGGCUUGUCUGACGUGAAACAACCUUUAAAUUUAAAUGUAUUUACACUGCAUCAACAGAUAAUCAGUAUAUGUCAAGUAUCUGUAUAGCUAAAAUACACAUAAACACACUGUGAGAAGUCAUGUGGUUGCUUAAUACUAUUUCAGUUUACACAUAUGUUCAUAAAGUGUACGCUGCUAUUUUAAUCAAAUGCUCUUCUGCCUGGUGAAAAGUCCAGCCUUUACUUUACAACAAUGGCAUCAGGCUUUUCUCCAAUCUUUUUCUGUAAUCAUGCAUUCUGUUUAACCAUUGCUAUGGAUUAUUGACCUGUUCCUUUGCAAAAAGGGAAGAAAAACAUACUUUUCCAACUUUAUGUAAUAUGCUUGUAUACAUUUAUUUUAUUUACAUAUGCAAACAUGCACUUGUUAUAGAAAAUGAGAUUAUCCUUUAAAUCACUUUACAUAAUGAGUGACCAUUUUGUGGACUUUGUACACAGCACUAAUUGCAGAUAUCUGAGCUCCAGUUUGUACAGUAAUUUGCCAUGUAUUGUUUUAUUUCCUCAGUUUGUUCAGCUUCAUUAUUAAUAAUAAUAAUAUGCCUAACAGCACAGGAAACAUGUACUUAAGUCAAGCUGAGCCCAAAACUGGCGCUUCCUAUUUCCUGUAAGUUUCCACAUGAGCUAAAUAUAUACAUUUUUUUUUUUUUUCUGGAUAAACGUAAUGUAAAAUCACAUACAUAAAAGCAAUGAUGUCCAUUUCAUUCUGUACUUUUUUUUUUUUUUUUUUAAAUUAAUUGAAAAAGAAAAAUUUAUUAAUAAAACAAAGCUAAUAGUACUCUGAUCCAGUAUUUCUGGGAAGUUAGUGUUAGGUUUGCACUAGCAUAUUGCCUACAUUGCUGUGCAUAUAUUUUUUUAAUAGAAACAAACUUUUAAAUAUCUACACUUUCACUCCAAAUGUAAAAUUAUCAAGGUGAAUUAAGUUUGUUCCAUUUAUUUUAUUUUGCCAUUGUCUGUCACAUCCUUUCUAUCAUUGCUAUUCGUAUCCCUGAGUGCAGUCAUAUCUGCAGUUAGCAGGUCUGUACAUUAAUAUUACAUUCUAUUUGAUAAAUCACAAUUUACAAUACUCAAAGUACCAAAAACAGGCUACUUUAAAUUGGCUGUAGAUAUGUGCAAUGUUUUUAGACUUGCAACAAAGGGGUUAGGGGGUUAUGUGACCUGCUCAGGAGCAGACUGGAAGUCAGACAAUAUAAAGACCCAGAGCCCCAUGUGUUCAAAGGCCAGUGCCAUAGCCCCCACACCGUCUUUUUCCUGUCAUAGUCUAAUAAUAAUUUAGUCUAAUAUUCAUAGUUUAAUAAUUAAACCAAAGAUGUUAGCAUUUGGAUACCUGGUGAUUCUGUACUGUGGAUAUGUUAGUGGGCCCUGUGAUAGAGUGGUCCCCUGUCCAGAACCAUUUCCUGCCAUGCUGCAGUGAUAGGCAUCAGCCCUCUGUGACCCUGGAAUGGAUUAAGUGAAUUUGUUAAAAGUAAGUCCACUAAAAUAGAUUGUACUCUAAUGAAAAAAAUAUUUUUAUAAAGUAAGGUAAAAGCCUUUAGUCUAAUUUUCUAUUCAGUUCAGGCCAUAGCUGUGGAGUUGGACUCGAUUCUACACACUAUUGGCUGAAACAAGCCCUGGUUGGAAGUGCCAUUCCUUCAUAGGAAACACACACACACCCUCAUAUGUGAACAAUUUUCGGUCCCUUUCAUAUUCUGGAAGUAAAAGGGCCCUGAAAUACGCAAAACAGAGUUUGGAGAACAUCUAAGCCUGGAGAGCUAUACAGUACGUGAGAGUGACACUACAAGUGGCACAACUGGAUCCCAAACAAAACUAUCUUCUCAAAAAUGAAGUCUUGGCUCUUUAAUGUGAUAAUUGUGUUGAGCCUCUUGCUUUGAAGUGAGGUCUUAUGUAGGAAUGAUGCACUUUACAGUAAUUUUGCCUUUAACCUCUAACUAGCUGUAACAUGUCCAACCUCUCCUAACGUGAGCCUGUUUUGUCAGUUUAUUUCAAGCACUAGUUCACUGCAUAGGUUUCUGUAAACAUUAAAAUGGAAACUUCUUUCAAAGUGGAUAUACAGUACAUAAAUACUGUUAACCUUUAAAGACCUGCUUUUUAUUACACGUUUUCCAUCUUUGAAUUAACCUUCAGUAUCAAACUGCAUUCCACAUUAGAUGCAUGUCACAUUUUGUGAGGCGGUGGUAAUCUUUGUUAUUUACUUCAAACAUCAGUAAUAAUCAGUUAAUUGUAAGCUAAAGACAACAAUAUCUGCAAUUGAAGCAAAUGUCAUGCAAUGAUAAAGCAUACCUUGCUAGUCUUGUGUGUUGCAGCUUGCAUGUCUUUAUAAAAUGUGGGAAACAUCAGCUAAAUGUGCUAUAGAAAAGUUACAAUACAUUUUAAACUAUUUGUAUUUAAACAUAUUAAAAUAUACAUAUAUAUAUUUAUGCAGCUUAUAGCUAAUCUCAUUGACCUAUGUAUAAAUACAGCUGCCUUAUUCAAUAUGCUGGUACUGUUACUUAUAUAAAUGCAUAAAAGCUUAAUUCUGUAAUAUCUGAACUCGGCUCGUUGUUUUUUUCCAGCUUGAAUUACUACAUCUUCUUUAGAACAGAAUUUUGUCCCUGCUUGCUGUUUUAUCAAAACUAUUUUUAAAUUUCAGCUGCAUCCUUGGCAAUUGUAAUAGCUAAAAUAUUAUGAGUGUCUUAAUGAAUUUUUGUUGCCUGUUAUUAAUAAAAUAAAUCUUAUUCAUUCAUUUUUAUAAUACCUUUCCAAAUGUAGCAAAGUUUGAAGCCAUGGAUAUGCUUAUGCUGUGAGUUGUGAGAUUUUAUCAUAUUUAGUCUUCAUAGCCGAUUUCAUUUGGAAGAAAAUUAAUAAAACUACAGCAUUUAACAUUUCUGUUUUAGACAUGAGCAUUCAUUUAAACUACCAUUGCUAUAAAAUAAAUUGUACUGAUAAUCUU